AUGGUGCAUGUGGGCGUCACACCACUGCGAAGACUUCUGAGCGAUGCCCGGCCAAACUGGAACGAGAAGGACUUGGCUGCGGUGGAAGAGAAGCUAUCGCGAGUGGGCGCCACCACGAUUCAUGAGCUCGCUGAGCUCAUGGCCCACGGUCUUAACAAGCGGCUGCAGGCAGCCGGAUUAAAGGCCUUCAACAGCGAAACCUUAGCAGCUCUGAGGAGCCGCCUGGAGACGGAGGUGAAGAUAGCGAAGUCACAGGGACAGGUGCAAAGUAACCACAACCCUAAGCCACCCGAACCUGCGAAUGAUAGCGGCUUGCAUCCCUCCGGCCCAACAAACUCUGCACAUGCGCAACACGCACAAGAGCAGACUCCAAAGACAGCCGUCCACGAUGACAAGGAGCGCCCAAAGGUGGCGCCGCGUGAGCGGUCUGAGACCCCUGCUCCGUCGCCAGCGUUCAAUCGAUUCUCCCCCUCAACUCCAUUUGGCAGAGCAGAAGCGUUGGGUGAGACACAGCUCAUUUCGGCAGUGCGGCAAAGCGAUGUCCGUACUGUCCAGUAUCUUCUGUCGCAGCGUGCUGACCCGAACGAAAAAGAUAACUUUGGUGAAACAGCUUUAAUGGAAGCAGCCGGCCAGGGACAGGCCCAGAUCUGCAGGAUACUCCUAGAGAAUGCAGCAAAUCCUGCCUGCAAAGCACCGAGCGGGUUGAAUGCCACGCAAUUGGCAUCUGAGCACCAAUCUAUGGCGAGCCUCUGCUGCAGGCUGCCAUGCCCCGGUGUGACUGGUCUGAGGGUGAAGCUUAGGCACCUGUUCGCCUUGCCAGCAGAUUAUUGGUUUGAUAGGGGUCUCAGACUGGCAGCUCGGCAGCAUGACGUCCAGAAGGCCGAGAUUCUCCUGCAACGGGCGAAGGCCGAAGAGAUCGACUUGAAUUUCCAGAGGAAGGAUGCAAACGGAUUUGGAGUGCUUCAUGCUUCUACUGCUCGAGCUCCGGAUUCUGAUGACGGUCGGCGGUUCGUCAGACUCCUGAUUUCGUCGUGCCUGGUCUGCAAGCCCAACCUUGAAAGCCAGGUCAAUCAGCUCAAGACAUGCUCCCAACAUCUUCCAACACUGCGCAUGGAAGCCUCGGCGCCAGCGCUGAACGCAACCGACAAGAGUUUAAGAGCAGCAGUGCGAGUACUGACUGCGGCCGUAAAUGCAACCAACUUGCUGGGCGAGACGCCGCUCAUUCUUGCAUCUCGGGCUUCCGCUGAUGCCAGCCGAACUUGGCGGAUGAGCAUAGUGCAACUCCUCCUGGAUUCGCGUGCCUCCGUCAACACUUCCGACGCAGUCCUGCAUGAGACGCCCCUCAUGGAAGCAGCUGGAAUAGGAGACCCUGAGCUAGUGCGCACACUGCUACGAGCUCGUGCCGAGACUUCGAGGAGCAGUGCAAGUGGCCAAACGGCUUUGGAUUUCGCCUCCUCAGAGGAAGUGAAGUGGAUGCUGAAGAACCCUUGGGAAGCUCAGGCUCGAUCCGAAGCUCGCGCUCAGCCGAAACCUUCGCCUCAGCCGAAUCCUGCGCCACCGCCGAAAGCCAGCCCACCGGCUCCCAAGCCACCCCCUAGUGCUCCAAAGGCACCGAAGCGUCCGCAGACGUAUGCAGAACGCUUGCAGAGUCUGCUGUCCAAAUACCCUGGAUUCCAAGGUUCUGGAGUUGACUUGCCGAGUCAUGCCUGGCAAUGGACGCCUGAAGAGCUGGAGCUGUUCAUAGGUGGACCUCCUCCAGAUCCUUGGGAACGGCCUUCAAUGCGGCCGCUGAAGGCGUACUACCAGGCCCUCGGUGUGCCGGAGGGCACGCGUGACAGGAAUGUGCUCAAGAAGGCUUACAGGCAAGCUGCGCUAAAGUGGCAUCCGGACAAGAACCCAGACAACCCCGCGGCAGCAGGAAACUUCCAAAAGGCAUGCGAUGCCUUUGAGCAGCUCGGUGCUAAUUUAUCCGAAUGCCAGACACAUCAAGAGCCGCUCUACGUUUCAAAUGCUCGUUUCCACACCUGGCGCAGUGGUGACCUGGUGGGUGAGUGGUUGGCAUGCGAUGCAGAUGCACGGCCGCCGGGGGCUGGCAAGACUGACCAGCUUGCUAGCACGGCUUGCGACCACUGUUCGUUAGAUUUGUUAGCUGCGGAGCAAAAAUGGGCCGGGGAUUGGGGGCUUGUUCUCGACGGCCUCAACGCUGACUCGGCCGACCUGCCCUCGGCGCCCCGGCGGAAGUGGACAAGGAUUGUGUAUGUUCAUUCGUAUGUCCCGCUCAGAGACAUGGAUUUCGAUUCCGCUGAAGGCCUUGGUCUGCCGGUUCUCAUCCGGUUCACAAGUUGCCGAUACCGUUGCCUUCCAGAUAGCCUCGCUGCGGCGGUGGUUCUGUCUAUCGAUGCUGGCUUCUGCAGCUGUGCAAAGCAUUGGGCCUGGCAGCGCUCUGAGACUUCUAACGGACCAGUGCAAGCAGUGCAAGAAGAAGCUGGACAAACGUGCAAGAGCCCGCAGUUCUUCCGAUCAGAAGCAUCCGAGAUGAACGACACUGCAAGUUUCAGGGAGAACAAGCGAGUUGGAGGCGAGUUGAUGGCCAGUUCGAGGCUGCGCAAGGCUUUGCGAGUGGAGGUGCGCUUGGACAGCUUGGGCAAGGGCCUCUGGGGUUUGGGAUGGCCCAAGCUGCUCAAGCCCCACCGCAGCAACCAGGGCAGCCACAAGGCUUCGCGCACUUUGGUGCAGGGGGCUGCGCAAAUCUGGGUGGCACAGGCCCGUUGCAAGGAAGUCCCCCAAAUCUGGCGGGACAGUCAGCAUUUGGACAACGAGCAGCGAGUCCACCAAGUGCGGGUGUUGGACUUGGAGGAGGCUUGGGAGGCCUCGGCCAGCAAGGCAGCCAGGCUUUCCAGAUGCCUGGUGCCUAUGGUGCACAUGCUGUCCAACAGGUGCCAAGCAGUGAAGAGAGGACGCUUGAAGAUCUUGCCUGCACUGCUGGAUCUCAGCGCCAAGUCUGGGGUGCAACUGGAUGACUUGUUUUUGAGACCGCGAAGCAGGGCCUUCGUUGUGCUAGGUGCUGCAAAGCAGCAGUUUCGACGGAUCUUUCAGGACAAUUUGAACCGGUCAGGCGCCAUGGAGUCUGGGUUACAGAUUCUCGUGUCGGCUGGUGCUAUGGCACCUCAGGCACCUGACGAGUGCGGUCUCGGAAAGUUGACACUUCAACUUUUCUCUUUUGCAGCGGUUGACGAACCUCAGGUCUUGCUGCAACUUUUCACUGCCUUGGAGCAGCUCGCCUCGCCAGUGCUAACCAUGCUGCUAGAUAUGCCACUGGUAGCCUUGGCCCAGACUGGGUGGCCCUUGAUAGCCCUGCUGGCGCAGAUUAAUUUGCGCAAGCAACAGAUUGGAGCAGUGAAUGAUGAACGAGUUGAUGGUUUGGAUGAUAUGCCUGGACGGCAAUUCCAGGCGCAGCUUCUUGCCGCUUUGACCGCCAAAGAUGGAGAGGCGGCCCAGGAAGCUGCGACCCGGUUCUUGUCAACGACUCCACAGGGUCAGAGUGCCUUGGCUCCCUUGACGGCUUUGGCAACACAGGCCAUGGCAUCGCCUGAUGUCCAGGAGCGGGCGCAGCUCCUGGAAGUGCUGCAGCGGGCCUUCAAGCAGGUCAUCGGUAGCGGAGCCGAGCUGGAUCUAGCGUUGAGCACGAGAUGGCCGCUGCAUGGCUCCCGGCAUCCCGCGGCCUGGGGUAGCGCAUGGUAG